CCCCCCCAUAAUGCGCUUUGUGCCCCGGGACGUGCCGUGCACCCCCAGGAUGUGUGUCAGGACGCGCCUGGGCUGCACCAUGCGCCCCUGGAUGCAUCCCAGGAUGUGCCACAUGCCCCAGCGUGCGCGUUGGGAUGCUCCCCAGGGUGAGUCUUGCCCCCCAGGAUGUGCCAGGGGCCGUGCCGUGACCUCCAGGAUGUCCCCCAAAUGCUGUGCCCCCUUGGCUGCUCCCCUCUGCCCUCCCAGCUGCUGUCACCAGAGUCUUCCCCCACUGGAGGGGGCUGCGUGGGGUGCUGCAUCAUUGGGAUGGGGGGCUGCGGACCCCUGGACCCCCCCUGUCAACUCCAGGGCUGGCUGGGGCUGCAGGCAGGGAGGGGACAGUCCCCACAGCUCCGCUGCAGAAAGGGAAAAGGCUCAUCCUGCUGCCGGGACGCUCUGGGGCAUCAGCCAGCACCUGGGGCAGGGCCAGCUCUCUGCCAGGCUCCGGUGUCCUGCUGCCAGAGGAACGUGGGCAGCCCGGGAGCCUGCCCCGACAGGCUGCGGGCAUUUGCAGCCACCUUGGGACCUUUCUCCAGGAGUCACAUCUGCUCUGCAUCCCAAGGGACCGCAGAGGCUCAGCUCCCACCGUGGGACCCGGAUGACACGUGCCAGCGUGACGGUCACCCUGCAGCCAGCGCCAGCCUCGGUGUCACCCCUGCGGCCGCCGAAGGCCAGGGCUGCCCCGGCGUUAAUCAUUGCCGAAAGCAGCCAGGCCAAGGCGGGCGCGAAAAGCUGUGCCGUUCCCAGGGCUGUUUUCCUUUCAUCAGUCGUGUCCCCCAAGCACUGAAACACCGAGAGCAAAUAUCGGGCAGGGCAAGGUGAGAUGGCAGCCCACGGGCUGGGGACCUCGGUGGGCUCCGGAGCACUGAGCGAGGCCGGUGGGAUGCUAGCAGGGGGGUGGGCUUGCUUCUGCCACACUUUGGGCUUUCUCGAGUGGGUUUCUUGGCAUCUGUGAUCAUAACGUUUGAGCGAUGGAGGAUCUGGGGAUUGGUGCUUUCCCACGGAGCAGAGCUCCUGCCGUGGCACCGGCUCUCGCUUUGCCCACGAACCCAUCAGCAGCACCCAGCAAGGAGGGUGUCCUGGAGAACCCCAGCUCCACGGCUCCCUGCAGGCAGGGCGAAGGAGAGGAGGGAAGACUGGAAAUCCCCCCCGGGGGAAGCGCAGGAGUGCCAUUACUUCGCAUUGGCUUUGGCCAAAGGAGCUGCCAAAGGGCGGGCUGGCAUCGCCGGUGUGGGAUGCUCACCUGGAGACAGGGCGAGCUGUCCCCACCGUGGCACCGCCUGGCAGCACGGCCAUCGCUGUUUUCCUGCCCUGGGCAGGGCGUCGCGGCGCAGCCCCAAUGCCACGAGUUGGGGUGUGAUAGGAGCAGCCACAUCAGCUGAUGGAGACGCCCGCUAUAAAGCGCCCGCCGGCCCCGUGGCGGAGACAUGAGCGAGCCCACCAUGGCCAACGUGCUGUCCCCCUGCCUGCUCCUGGUCCUGCUGCUCCUGGCCCCGGCCCUGUCCGCCCCGCAUGAGCGAGGGCUCAUCUUCAACUUGGACACGGGGGAGCUGUGCCUGCAGAGCGCCCAGUGCAAGAGCGGCUGCUGCCACCGGCACAGCGGCCUGAGCCUGGCCCGAUGUGCACCGAAGGCGGCCGAGUUCCAGAAGUGCUCUCCGAAGAGCCUCUAUGGGGUCUACUACGAAUGUCCCUGCGAGAGCGGCUUGAACUGCGACGUUGAUAAGACCAUCGUGGGCUCCAUCACCAACAGCGACUUCGGUAUCUGCAAGGAUCCCCGGAGCUCCGACGGGUCACGGUGAAGGAAAAGAGACCCUCCCCGGUGUCACCCCCCAUGCUGCCCCUGCCACCCUGCUUUUAUCCCCUCCCCAGGGAUGCCCGGACCUGCCCGCGCUGCCCCGGCUGCGGGGGGAGGUUCGAGUAAACAGCAUCUUCUGCCGA